UCCUCCUCCUCUUCCUCCUCCUCCAGCUCUGGAUCUCCUUCAGACUGCUAUAGAUAAAGCAGGUUUCUCAGAUAAGGUGGUGGUUGGAAUGGACGUGGCUGCGUCAGAGUUUUUCCGUCAGGGAAAAUACGACCUGGACUUCAAAUCUCCUCCGGACUCGUCUCGUCACAUCAGUGCAGAGGAACUGGCCGACAUCUACCAGGGCUUCGUCAACAACUACCCAGUGGUGUCCAUCGAGGACCCGUUUGACCAGGACGACUGGGAGGCAUGGUCUCGUCUGACGGCGCAGGUGGGCAUCCAGGUGGUGGGGGACGACCUGACGGUGACCAACCCAAAGAGGAUAGAGAAGGCGGCGGAGGAGCGAGCCUGCAACUGUCUGCUGCUGAAGGUCAACCAGAUCGGAUCUGUCACCGAGGCCAUCCAGGCGUGUAAACUGGCCCAGGCUAACGGCUGGGGGGUGAUGGUCAGCCACCGCUCUGGAGAGACGGAGGACACGUUCAUCGCAGACCUGGUGGUGGGUCUGUGCACCGGACAGAUUAAAACUGGCGCCCCCUGCAGGUCUGAGAGGUUGGCCAAGUACAACCAGCUGAUGAGGAUCGAGGAGGAACUGGGCGACCAGGCUCGCUUCGCUGGACAUAACUUCAGGAACCCCAGCGCCCUGUGAAGCUGCAGACAGACCACUGACCCGCUGACCGACUGACUGACCGACUGACCAAACACACACCGAGCCAUGAUUUAAAAAAAAUAAAAAUCACACAUUCAUGGAAAACAAAAGCAAAAAAAAAUGACAUAAAAGACAAAGUAUUAUGCACUGAGCGGUGGUGGGAGGAGCCACCGUAUGCACACACACACACACACACACACACACACACACACACACACGUACAUGCAGGGGAAUAAAACCAUAGGAUCUGUAAGCCAGACGUGCACUGUUACUGUAGUUUAAAGGAGUCCUACAUGUCCACACGGACAAACUCUGGAUGAACUCAUGUAGAAAUAGUAGAGAUUCAUGUAGAAUAAAGCACCACACUGAAAACACACACACACGCACACACAUGUCCAGCACCGAAACACCACAAAGACACCGAUUCAGGGAUCGAGUGCGACAAACACAAACACCACACCCACACCGACGCUCACCUGGAAAACACCUGUAGCCCCGCCCACUCCCUCCCACCUGCCCCGCCUCUUUUCGUCUCCGUCUCUCGGUUCUUUUUCGAUGUGACUCUGAUUAUUUGUCCGUCAUGCUUGAAAGUCUCGCCUCCAUCCUUAAAAAAAAAGAAAACAACGCAGAAAUGAGUAAAUGCUGAGCCCUGCCCCCCCUUGUCCAAGCCCCGCCCCCUCCCUUCCUCCUCCGUGCUCCUCAGUUCAUCCUGAAUGCCCAUAGAAUAGCAGUGUUGAAAAAGAAUGAAUUAUAAGAAAAUAAACCAAUAAAACGGAACGCUUGUCAUUGAAAAUAUGUGAAAAUAUGUGAAAUAAAAGAUGGUAUUUACAGUUUCAAUCACA